CACCUUCUACUUGUUUACAUUGUCCAUCUUGGCGUAAAAUAUACUCCGCGCUCUCGAUUUGGCGGUAUAAUGCGGUUAGCGGCACUAAGAUCAGAUUUUCUUUUGGUUUCGGAAUCUUUGGGAAGAAAUAAUAUUCGUUAUUUAGGCAGAAGAGAUGAAGUGUACUACACCAGAGAUUUCUUGGCACAAUCGAGAUCCAGUUUUGAGCAUCGACAUACAGAAUAAAUCGUGUGAAACAUCUGCGGGUGAAGAUUUUUGGCGUCUAGCUACUGGAGGAGCUGAUUCUCAUGUUUUGAUUUGGCAUCUUUUGCCGUCCGAGAAUAGUGCGACAACAAUAAUAAAAUGUGUAGCGGACUUGGAACGACAUCAAAAGGCAGUAAAUGUUGUCAGAUUUUCACCAUCUAAAGAAAUCCUUGCCUCAGCGGACGACGAAUCUGUCAUUAUUUUAUGGAAGCAAAAGGAGGAAUGCGACUUUUUUAUCUCUCCCGAGGACAAUGAGAAUAAGGAACAGUGGAAUUCAUGGAAAGUCCUGAGAGGCCAUUUAGAGGAUGUUUACGAUAUAUGUUGGUCGCCAGACUCUACUUCCAUAAUAUCAGGUUCUGUAGAUAAUACAGCAAUUCUAUGGGAUAUUCAUAAAGGUCGUACCAAUGGUAUAUUAUCCGAUUCAAAAGGAUUCGUGCAAGGCGUUACCUGGGACCCUUGUAAUCAAUAUAUAUGUACAAUGAGCAGCGACAGGCAGUGCAGAUUAGUUGAUAUCUCUACGAGGAAGACAGUACAGCGCGUUCACAAGUCCAUUAUUCCUACACCGCUUGAUUAUCCUUUGCGAGACAAAACAGUUCGUUUAUUUUAUGACGAUACAUUUAAGUCAUUUUUCAGAAGACUAACUUUUUCUAUAGACGGAACGUUAAUAAUCGUUCCAUCGGGCAUAAUAGAGCCGCAAGAUACCAUAGAAAAGACAGCAAAUGCGACAAUUGUCUUCUCUAGGCACAACUUGAAAGAGCCAAUAAUGAUUUUGCCUUCCUUGGACGAAUGUACAAUAGCAAUUCGAUGUUGUCCUGUUUAUUUUGAACUUCGAAAAAAUGGACCCACUCCUACGAUAGCAUUACCUUAUAGAAUAAUAUUUGCCGUUGCAACGCAACGUUCAAUAUUAAUUUAUGAUACUCAACAAAUUUCUCCGAUAGCCGUGAUAUCAAAUAUUCAUUAUACCAGAUUAACCGACAUUGCGUGGUCUAGCAAUGGCCGUAUCUUAGUUGUAUCUUCUACGGAUGGUUAUUGCUCGAUAAUACAUUUUUCGGAGAAUGAACUAGGCCAUGUGCAUAACGUCAAAGGUGCAACGAUUACUUCAACUGUACUUCGAAAUAGUAAUAAUAACAACAACAACAACGAAAGAAUUACGCCAAAUAUGCCAGGCUCUGCGAUUGAAACGAAAGACAAUACCUUGCUUCUUGAUAUAGAUACGAAUGCAAUGGACGUUGAUGUAACCAAAUAUAAAGAAAUAAAAGCGCAAAGUAGGGAUGAUCAAUGUGAAGAAACUUAUAAUGAAAAUGACGACAUAAUGGAGCGAAAUAAUUGCAAUUCAUCGGAGUGCAGUUUGGCUAAAGAUCAAUGUGUUAAUAAAAGUGAGGGGACGAUAGAAGAAACCGAAGAUAUUAAAUUAGUUUAUAAUGAAGAGAGCGACAAUGAUACAAGAUCAGGAAUUAAAAGGAAUACGCCUAAUAAAAUAAAGACAUCUUCGGUAAUAUCGAAAAAGACACCGCGAAGAGUGAAAUUGAUAACUCUUUCUAGUUCCAAAAGAAAAAAAUAACUAACUAAUCAUUAACUCAUGUUUAAACACUAUCAAGUUUAUUAUGUAAAUAAGCCGAAAACGACUAUAAUAUUUCUAUUAUUUUUCUAACACAUUUCUAUAAUAAUUAGCAAAAUAUAUAUAUAAAAUAGUA